UUAACCUCAAACUGUCCAAAAAAAAAAAAUACCCAACAAAAACCGUUAAACGAAACCAAGAAUGAGUCAUUCAAUGAUCGGGAACAAAGCGGAUCUUCCGUGCAGAUGAAUCUCCACCAUGACAGUAACAACUCCGAUGAAGCAUGCACACCUCACUUAACGACUGAUACAUCUCCCUCAAAUCCAAAUUCCGGUGACCCAAUUUCAUACAUACAACAUGGCACACUUGUUGGCUCAGUUUCAGUCGAUCAAGAUUUCAUGUGACGGCCUCGUGAUCGCGGUGAAAGAUGUGAGCGAUUUAUGGCCUCUUGUGAAAGAAAAGUUUGAGGAACGGCUUCCGUUUAAACGCGCUAUGUUAAACAACAAAAACCAUUAUCCUGUAACUGUGGACAACCUGCAAGCUGAGUUUUUGUUAACUACCGAUUCGAGGAUCAAAAGUCGGGUCCCUCAGGAUCAACUGUUCUUUUGUUUUCAAGAACCUUAUGCAACUGUGGUUCUUGUAGCAUGUGAGGAUCUAGACGAGUUCAAGACAGUAUUAAAACCGCGUCUGAAGUUAAUCUUGCAAAAUGAAGAGGAGUGGUUCAUCGUGUUUGUGUCCAAAGCUAAAUCGGAAAAGGACUCAACGAGCAAGAUGGAAAAAAAGGUUUACGCAAGACUUGAAGUUGAUUUCAAUUCAAGGAGGAGAGAAAGGUGUUGCAAGUACGACUUGCAUGGAACCGUAGUAACCUUUUGGGAUGACUUUGAACUCAAAAUCAUGGAGUGCAUCAGAAACACAUUUGAUAGGCGCGUCCAGUUUUACGAGGACGAGAUUCGUAAGCUCAACGAACAACGUCUUACGCCCGUUUGGACCUUCUGUAACUUUUUCAUCCUCAAAGAAAGCCUGGCAUUCAUGUUAGAGAUGGCUAAUCUUCAUGAGGAUUCGUUGCGCGAAUAUGAUGACCUAGAGUUGUGUUACAUGGAUACAGUUAAAAAUGAAGACAAAAAGAGGGAAUUUGGAGGAACGGAACAUGGAGAUGAUCAAUCUGCCAUACUAAGCCGUAACAACAAGCAACUCACACAGAUCGUUCUCGAAACUUCCUUUAGGGAGUUUGAAUUCCAACAGUACCUAUUUGCAUGUCAAGCUAAGCUGUUGUUUGAUCUAAACCGUCCAUUUGACGUUGCAUCAAGAGGGUUCUCAUUCAUAGCCAGUUUCUCAGAAGCAUUGGGCCGGCAAGAGAGUAAUUUGCCUUUCUGUACGAGAGAAGUUUGGAUCCUGACCUCAUGUUUGAGCUUGAUCAAUGCAACUGCUGACCAUUACAGAGAUGGGCAAAUAGCACCGGAUUUAGAACGAGAAUAUUAUCGUAUACGGGCUGAGUUAUACUCUCAAUCCCGAGUAAAGUUAAUGAGACUUGCAUAUCUUAUCGGGUUCGGAUCUACUAUAGAAAGAAGUCCACUCAACAGUGCUUCACUUAGCAUGUUACCUUGGCCUAAGCCAGCAGUUUGGCCUUCAGUUCCCUCUGAUGCUUCAUCUGAGGUUCUUGACAAAGAAAAGACAAUUCUUCAAGUUACUCCAAGAAUCAAGCACUUUGGUAUUCAGAGCAAACCAUUGUCUCUUGAACCCUCUUCUCUUCUGUCUGAUGCAAGCUCGGUUGAUACCACGAGACUUUCAGAACUUUUUGUGGCUGCUGAACACGCUCUUCGUGCGACUAUUUCUGAUCCUGAUUUACGGAAAUCUUUAUCGUCUUUAGAGGAAUUUGAGAAAAAAUAUCUGGACCUAUCAAAGGGUGCUGCUGAUAACUAUUAUCAUGCAUGGUGGAAAAGGCAUGGAGUCGUUUUCGACGGCGAAAUUGCGUCUGUUUAUUUCAAACAUAAGAAUUACGAACAGGCUGCGAGUUCAUACGAAAAGGUUUGCGCUCUUUAUUCUGGUGACGGAUGGCAAGAUUUGUUAGCGGAUGUGCUUCCGAAUCUAGCCGAGUGCCAGAAAAUACUUAACGAUAAGCCUGGUUACUUAUCGUCUUGUGUGAGAUUACUUUCGUUAGAUAAAAACUUGUUCGCGGUCAAAGAACGCCAAGCGUUUCAGUCAGAACUAGUUCAUCUUGCACAUAGUGAUAUGGCUGAUCCGGUCCCUUUAGACGUGUCGUCACUGAUAACAUAUUCUGGUAAUUCGGGUCCACCCGUGGAGCUUUGUGAUGGGGAUCCGGGUACCUUGACUGUAACUUUAUGGAGUGAGUUUCCUGAUGAUAUUUCUCUUGAAUCGCUUAGUCUUACGUUGACCGCUACAAAUAAUGCUGAUGAGCGUGUUAAGACGAUCAAGAGCAGUGGUGUUACUAUGUUGAAAACGGGUUGGAAUACGAUUGAUCUAUCGUUGCCCCCACAGAAACCGGGCUCUUACGAGUUGGGAGUUCUUACGGGGCAGAUUGGUCAUUUAAGAUUCAGGUCUCAUGGUUUUUCCAGAGGUGGGCCAGCAAAUAGACAUGCUGAUGAUAUGAGUUUUGAUAAGCCUGCUAAACCUGUCUUGAAGGUGUUCAAACCAAGGUCCCUUGUGGAUCUAUACGCAGCAGUUUCAUCCGCAUUAUUAAUGAACAAGCCUCAGUGGGUCGGGAUCGUUAUCAAGCCAUUAAACUACUCCCUCAAGGGUGCUCGUCUACACAUUGACGUCGGGCCUGGGUUAAAGAUCGAGGAGUCACGUGCCAUUGAAAUCGAGAAAUAUGCCGAUAACGAUAAUAACAGUUCUAAUUCUUCUAAUAUUCCCACAGAAAUUUCUCAAAUUAAUCUUACAAAUGGUAGUAUAGAGUUACCAGAUUGGGCCAGCAAUAUAACUAGCAUUUUUUGGACUCCUGUCUGUGCCAUUAGUGAUGGGCUGCCAAGAGGAACAUCUGCAGGCGUAAUAUCGACUCAAAGGCCAAGCAUUGCGAAUGGGAUGAGGACUUUAGCCCUGAAACUUGAAUUCGGGGUGUCACAUAAUCAGAUAAUGAAAAGGACUAUACCUAUUCAUUUCACCGACCCAUUCCACGUCAGCACACGGGUCACAGACCAGGGCAGUGACGGUUCUUUGUUUUUGCAGGUGAUAUUACAGUCACAGGUGAAGGCCUCAUUAACCAUACAUGAUGUUUGGUUAGAUUUACAAGAUGGGUUUUCUCACGCUGGACGAGGUGAUGGGAGACCAACAUCUGGCAUGUUCCCAUUGAUUGUUCCUCCAGCUUCUAAUUCUGGAGUUUUGUUUGGUAUAUCACUUGGAGCUACAACCGCCGAAGAUGAAGGGAAAGCGGAGCAUCGUGAUACAAUAAUAAAUAUAAAAUAUGAAAUAUGUGGGGAUAGAAAUCAUGGAUCCCACACCCCUAUCUCUCUAAAACCCGAAGGACCCGAAAAUGCCGACGUCACACCAUUUUUAACAUUCAGAAGUGGUCUCGUUUUACAACGGCCCGUGCAAGAACCUUUAUUAGCAGUUGCAUUUCUUCCUUUACCCUCAAACGGUCUCACAGUUGGUCAGCUUGUCACAUUUAGAUGGAGACUCGAAAGGUUGACCAGCUUUGACCUCAAGGACGAAUUAUUGUACGAAGUCAACGCGAAUUCAAGGAAUUGGAUGUUUGCCGGAAGGAAACGAGGCCAUGCCCCUCUCUCCUCAAAACAAGGUGCAAGAAUUGAGAUAUCAAUAAUGUGUGUGCCACUAGCUGCUGGACAUGUGCGCCCUCCACAACUCCACUUGCCAAAUGUCAAUAAGGCCCAUAUAUGCUGCAAUCCAGCAGGCCCACAUUUAGUGUGUGUCCUGCCUCCACCUUUGAGCUCAUCAUUUUGCAUUCCAGCAUGAUGUGUGAAAAAUCUUAGUACUCUGCACUCAAGUGUACGAGCUUGUCGUUCAGUACAGAACCAUAAAUAAUGCGAUAAGAUAACGAACUGUUUGUUGGUUUGUUUGUUUUUUCUUCUAUUUCAAAGUUAUAUGGAUAACAUAAUAGUAGAUGAUUAAUUGGUUCUCCAUUUCAAAUAGUUUUCUUAUGUCUCUUACAAGAUUCCAUGAGCAUUUUUCGAAAA